GACACAAGAAAUUGGUAUGCUCAUUCAUGACUGCCACUGUUUGUAUAAGUAUAGAGCUAUAGCCUAUUUAACAAGUAAAUACAAAGGCAUCUUGACGGCACUUGUCCAACAAUUUAGGCCCUUCAACAUUCCCCCCAACUCCUCUACUCCUCAAUUCCAUCUUUCUGUAAACCCACAAUGGAAAUUCACUUUCAACAGCACCAGAAACUAAACAUCCCACCAUCAAAAACAACCAAAACGAAAUCAAGGAACAAGAGUACCAACAAUAACAAAUUUGUUGGAGUGCGUCAAAGGCCUUCUGGGAGGUGGGUUGCUGAGAUCAAGGACACAACACAGAAGAUCAGAAUGUGGCUUGGAACUUUUGAAACCGCUGAAGAAGCUGCUCGUGCCUAUGAUGAAGCUGCCUGCCUCCUGCGCGGCUCAAAUACGCGCACCAAUUUCAUUACUCAUGUCUCUUCCAAUUCCCCUCUUGCAUCCCGCAUCAGAAAUCUUCUCAACAGCAAGAAAAAUGCAAAUGCAAACACAAAAGCUAAGCCACAGAGCCAAGAAUCAUGCCCCUCUACUAGUCAAGACAUUGAUGCAAGUAUUAGCAGCGAUAACAGCACGGUGACUUCCUCAACUAGUCCAACUAGCACUGCUGAUACCAACACAAGUUGUGAGUCCUUUUCAUCUCAUGAGAUGCAAGAUCGCGGCCAAUUGUUUGAUGAUGUGUAUAAACCUGAUCUGACCAAUUGUAUGGUUGAACUUGAUGUGGGCUUGGCCCACUCUGGCUCAGAAUGGGGUUUUGAUCAUGGCCCCGAUCAGUUUUCAUUCACGCAAGAACUGUUAGACUUGCCUAAGAAUGUGAUCCUGAGUGAGAAUUCUGACAUGGAGUUAUCAGAAUUUGAGCGCAUGAAGGUUGAAAGACAGAUUUCAGCCUCGCUUUACGCAAUGAAUGGUCUGCAAGAGUAUAUGGAGACGGUGUAUGAUCCCAUGGAAACCCUGUGGGAUCUUCCUCCUCUGUAUCCCCUGUUAAGCUAAAAGGAAAGACAAUCAUUUUCUGCUAAAUUCUCACCUGGUGUUCUUCUGUUACUUCUUAUUUGUUUCUCUUUCUUUACUCACUUUGUCCGGUUAGAAACAUUGAGAGUGAUAUUUGGUUGAGGACAGGUUGAAAGUUUCCAAGUUAUCAGCAAACCUUUUCCCAAUGAUGCGGGGAUGAAUUCUCCUUUACCAGUCAAACAUUGUGAUAUGUUCAGAAUCGGGGCAAAAGAGUAAAACUGCAAAGCUGCAUCUGUAUUCUCUGGCUGCAAUUUUUGCUCUACAUAGAACAACAAGACAAAUCAACAAGAUUAACUUAAAAGUUGGAAAAUGAAGACUUGAUGACUCGUAUCAAUCACAUAAUUUCCAGCUGCUACUUGUUGCGCACCCCUUCAAUUCUACUUCUUUCCUUCUACAAAUGCAAUGGUAUGCAGCCGCUUAAUACUACAAACUGUCCUUUUAGAUGACACAGUGAAUUGUCACUGUAUGGAAACAAAUAAGCUAAACACUUGUCCUACAUUUCGAGAAAUGCGUACUCCUUUACUACACUGGCGGCCAAUCAGUCUGCAAAGCAACUUUAAUUUAACUUAUUAUACAAUAAUAAUUUUUGUGCAAUGAAAAAUAUAAUGAUCACUUAUUGAUAAGUAGGAUCUAAGCCUAACCGUAUGCUUGACUCUUCUUGCUC